UUCUCAAGCCUGGGAUAAGGCCAGGAAGAGAAUUCCAAACUUCCUAGGGCCCAGAAAGAGUGAAGGCUUUCCUGCUUCUUCAAGCUUCCAGCCCAGCCCUACGGCUCCAGCGGUGGCUGUGGACCCAUCGCUACAGCCACACCAGGAAGUAGGCCUAGCUGAGCUAGCAGGGAAAACUCGUCAUAAUUGUUUUUCCGCACACAACUUCCACCCCCCCCCCAUUUCCGCCCCCAACUUGGGAGACUUGCAAAGCCCGAGUAAGGGGAAAAGCAACUCAAAUCUUUGUUUGAUCCAGAGUUACACUACUACUACUAAUAAUAAUCAUGAUAAAGAUAGACUAACCCUACCCCCAAGAAAGUGGCUAAAAGGCUCAAAUCCGUUCUGUGAAGGAGUCAUCCCUGAGGGUGAGCCCCAGCCCGGUUUCUGUCUUGCUCUCCCGGUUGCAGGGAGCCUGUUAGGGAUGGAGCCACCGCCGCCAUGGCGGUCUGCGGUCCGCGCUCCCGUCGAUCGCCGGGAGGUGGCGCGCUCUGCUCAGAGGCCAACGCCGCCAACCUUCUCCUAGUUCCUCCCCCUUCUCCUUUUUUUUUUUUUUCCUCCCCCCUCUCUCGGAGGUUCGCAUUGAAUCGGCCCUAACGAUUCUCGGAUCGUCAUUAUUUGUAACCAUAGAGCAUGAAUUACCUCUUGAGGUCAUCAGCGAGAAUUUACGACUGGUCAACAAAAGCACGUGAUUCCCUAACGCCCCCCCAUCCCCCUUCCAAGCCCCCCCCAUAUUUGGCCGCAUACAUAGCAAAACGAAGUACAGUGCAUCGCUAUAAUUCAUUAAUACAUCAUAAAUCGUGAAGCACAGGGUUAUAACGACCACGAUCCACAAAUCAAGCCCUCCAAAAUCACCCAAAUGAGCUCGUACUUUGUAAACUCCUUCUCGGGGCGUUAUCCAAAUGGCCCGGACUAUCAGUUGCUAAAUUAUGGCAGUGGCAGCUCUCUGAGCGGCUCUUACAGGGAUCCCGCUGCCAUGCACACCGGCUCUUACGGCUACAAUUACAAUGGGAUGGACCUCAGCGUCAACCGCUCCUCGGCCUCCUCCAGCCACUUUGGGGCGGUGGGCGAGAGCUCGCGCGCCUUCCCCGCGCCCGCCCAGGAGCCCCGCUUCAGGCAGGCGGCGUCGAGCUGCUCCCUGUCCUCGCCCGAGUCCCUGCCCUGCACCAACGGCGACAGCCACGGCGCCAAGCCCUCUGCUUCGUCCCCUUCCGACCAGGCGACCCCAGCCAGUUCCAGCGCCAAUUUCACCGAAAUAGACGAGGCCAGCGCGUCCUCCGAGCCCGAGGAAGCCCCGAGCCAGCUAAGCAGUCCGAGCCUAGCUCGGGCACAGCCAGAGCCCAUGGCCACCUCCACAGCCGCGCCCGAGGGGCAGACUCCGCAGAUAUUCCCCUGGAUGAGGAAGCUCCACAUCAGCCAUGAUAUGACCGGGCCGGAUGGGAAAAGGGCCCGGACCGCGUACACCCGCUACCAGACCCUGGAGCUGGAGAAGGAAUUCCACUUCAAUCGCUACCUGACCCGGCGGCGGCGCAUCGAGAUCGCCCACGCGCUCUGCCUGUCCGAGCGCCAGAUCAAGAUCUGGUUCCAGAACAGGCGUAUGAAGUGGAAGAAAGACAACAAACUGAAAAGUAUGAGCCUGGCUACAGCCGGUAGCGCCUUCCAGCCCUGAGCCCGCCCAAAGGAGCCCUGGGCAGCCCAAGAGCCCGCGCCACCCCCACCCCCACCCCAGCCCCAGCCCCUCCAAUCUUCCCUGCCCGGCCGCUGUGCGCUGGGGACCGGUUGCCAUGAGCCUGCCUCGCCCCAGCCUUGUGUUAAGAUAUUUCGUUUGGUCUUAGGUCUUCCUGUGGCUCCCUCUCUCCUGGACUGGUUAUCUUGUUAUUAUUGUUAAUAAUAAUAAUAAUUCUUAUUAUUUUUUUCCCUUCAUGCUCCCCAUUCCCCUCUGCUCACCCCCCAAAUCCACCAGUGUUUCUGAAUGUUUGUGUCUGUGGUUGCACUGUUUUCCCCAGGAUAAAAAAAAAAAAAAGAAAUUCGCAUGUUUAAUGUGAACUUUCCCCCUUCCCCCUCUGUGUUCUAACUUAUUUAUAAAAAGGAUGAUCGCUGCAUUUUGAGUUUCAGCUGGAAACUUCUCUAAAGGGUGGCAGUUGAGGUGGUGCAGUCGUGUGGGCAAUGCUAAUGGAAGCCCAGCUGAGCUGGCCUCUGUAUCUCUUUUCACCUUUCCCCUUCCGCCUCCCUCCCCACUUCUUAGGCCUAAAUCUCCCCUUGGCUUGGUCUUGGAGUGGGUCCUGGGGUGAGGGAGAUCCAAAGGGGUGAUGUUGAGAAGAGAGAAGGAAAAUAGUGAGAUUUAAGCUCCUGCUGCCUGGUAGGCCCCACAAGGCCUGGUCUUGGGAGAGUACGGAAACAAACAAUCCUCAGUGUAAAAUGUCUGGUGUUUAUCUCUGUGCAUCUGUGGGUCUGCCUAGAGGACCCAAAGCUUGUAAAUAUGGGACUGAGUCUGGGUCAGACCCAUCGCUUCUUCCCCACCAUUUUGCUUCCAAGACCAUUUGUAGUGAGUGAGUGGAUGCCGUGCUUCGUGUGAAAUCUGUCUUUGCCAGGCCUGUCUCAGUGAUUCGCUUUUGGUAUUUGUUUGUAGCUUUCCUUGAAGUCAAAUAAAUGUUUCCCCCACUCCA